AUGUAUGAAGAAAUGGGUUCUAUGACUGACGACAUUCCGCGACGUUGCUCGCUCCCUUCUUUGCAAUCAACCGCCAUGACCAACACCAACCUGGGCGAUGACCGCCGCCUGCCUCCCCUCCCACGGAUGGACCCUCUGCCCCGUGGUCCCUUCAAUCCUUUCCAGCACAAGGAUGCCUUUGCUCCCAGCACCCCGGGAGCUCAAGAGUCGGUCCAAUUCAAGUCUCCCUGGUCGAGCAAUGACCAGCUCAUCGCCCCUCCCUCGCCGGCCAACUCUGCCGAAAGCUCCUGGCAGGAGUCCUUUGCAGCUCAAAAGGCUGCUUCUUCCGAAUGGCCCACCGAUCUCUCCCAGCCCGAGAUCAUGGCGUUGAUCGCACCCCAGAACAUCAACCGCAAGGCGCCUCUCCAGCAGCUAUGCGGACGUAAACGCAAGGGAAGUACCAUCUCGCCCGACCCGGAUGACCAGCGCGAGAAGCACCGCAUUGCCGAGGGCAACCGUCGCAAGAACCUGAGCCAGCUCCACCGCGAGCUGGACAGCCGCAUUCAUGACUUCUUCUUGGAGCGCGCUGGCUGGAACCCAUCCAAGAGCCUGCCGCAAUCCAAGGAACACAUCGUUCAGGGUGCUGUCUACCUGAUCGACUUCAUGCUGGCCAUCAUCGUCCACCUGAUCCGCCAGGAACAAGUCUCCCCCCAACUCUCCGAAAAGCUCCAGCCCCAGGUCCGCUGCAUGCAGCUGCAGCAACUAGUAACCUCCCUCCAACAACAAAACCAAACCACACAACAGCAACUGCGUGCUGCCAAGGCCGAAAACGACCUCCUGGCUGAUCGCAACCGCGCCCUCGAGUUCCAACUCAAAUCCUACGAGCAAAUGUUCCGCUCCCCAAAGCCCGAAGUCACUACCCCUUCAUUGAUCGAGGUUCCCGAGCACAAGCGCCAGAAGAAGGCCCUCCCCGGCUUGCGUGUCUUCUGCGAUGAGAUCGGCGCUAGCAGGGCCUCCGACGCCAACCCCAUGCAGUCAUAUCAGCAUCACGACGCCCUGCCCAGCGCCACCUCGCAGUCCUUCGGUAGUUCGUACCUCAGUUCCACGCCACCCAUCACCGGCCCUUCCUCCCCUGCCUUCCCUUCAUCACAAACCUCCUCAUUCGCCUUUUCGGCUUCUCGCCGUCCCUCUCUGCUUGGUUCACCAUAA